UGGGCGCCGCUGGGGGGCGCCUUUCUCCUUUGCUGUCCGACAGAAGGAUGUCCUGUCUUGUGAUAACUGUAACCUGGAUAUAUCCCCAGCUACCGACAACACAGCCGAGCCGAAACACCGGACACAACAGCCAUGCAUUGGAAUGAUGAUGGAGGAGCAGCAGCGGGGCACAUAGGCGGACACACCGGGGAUUGAGCGCUCCGUGUGGGGGGGACAACAGGACGGCCGGCGCUCUCAAUCCACUGUAAAAUACAAACACCGUCACCGACGCGAUCGUCAGGCUGCUCUGCACUGCGAUGUGAGCUGGGAAAAUACACCUUUAACUGACAACAACGAUGUUGCAUUCAGGCUGUGUGUGGAGAUCCAGCUGAGUAAUCGGCGCUGCAGAUAAACCCCGAGCUGCAGGAAGAAGUAGUGGAAUCCAUCGCUGGAGAUGGACUGCAGGUGUGAAUAACGAUGACUCCCAUCCUCGCUGUUUGAACAUGCUGCUCGGGUAGCGGAGCCGAUCGAGAGGAGCGUCUACCCUGUUACACUCCUUCCUCUCUGGACACACACACACACACACACACACCGAGUCGGCCCAAUUCAAGCACAACCAUGCUGAUCAAGGAGUAUCACAUCCCCAUGCCGAUGAGUGUGGAGGAGUACCGCAUUGCUCAGCUCUACAUGAUUCAGAAGAAGAGCAGAGAGGAGAGCUGUGGCGAGGGCAGCGGGGUGGAGAUCCUGGAGAACAAGCCUUACGAGGACGGCCCCGGAGGCUCGGGUCAGUACACGCACAAGGUCUACCACAUCGGAAAACACAUCCCGUCAUGGUUCUGUGCCAUUCUGCCUCAAGCGGCUCUCCGAGUGGAAGAGGAGUCCUGGAACGCCUACCCCUACACACGAACCCGGUAUACCUGUCCCUUUGUAGAGAAAUUCUCUAUAGACAUUGAGACGUAUUAUAAACCAGAUACUGGAAAUCAAAUGGACGUCUUCAAUAUGUCUUCUGCUGAAAAGAGACAAAGGACUAUAGACCCCAUAGACAUCGUGAAGGACUACAUCCCUCCACAUGAGUACCUGGCGGAAGAAGACCCUAAACUGUACCAGUCCGUCAAAACCAAACGGGGUCCGCUGUCAGACGACUGGAUCGAGGAGAUCAACCAGAAUCCCGGUGAAAGUCCCGUCAUGUGUGCCUACAAGCUCUGCAAAGUGGAGUUCAGAUACUGGGGCAUGCAGUCCAAGAUCGAGCGCUUCAUACACGACGUGGGUCUGCGUAAAGUGAUGGUUCGAGCCCACCGGCAGGCGUGGUGCUGGCAGGACGAGUGGUACGGCCUGACCAUCGAGGACAUCCGGCUGCUGGAGCUGGAGACCCAGCUGGCUUUAGCUAAGAAGAUGGCCCAGUACAGCCUGAGUGAAGAGGGGGGAGCAGAGGCCGUCAGCCAGGACCAGGAGCAGGGGGCUGAGGUCGUGGGAUCGGCUGCGGAGGCGGAAGGAGGCGGAGGAAAACUUGGAGACUCACUGGAGACCCGAGGGGAGCUCACCAAGCAGUGGUCGACGUCCUCUCACUCAUCCAACAGGUCAAAUAAGAGAGGCGGGAGUCCGUCUCACCAGAGCAUUUCAGAGUGGAGGAUGCAGAGCAUCGCCCGAGACUCAGACGACAGUACAGACGAUGAGUUCUUUGAUGCUCAUGAGGACUUUUCUGACAACGAGGAGAUGUUCGCCAAGGAGAUCACCAAGUGGAGCUCCAACGACCUGAUGGACAAGAUAGAAACAACAGAGGCAGAUGAAGCACAAGAAACUUUGUAUCAGGAGUCGGGCGGGGAGUAUGCUGGGAUGAGUAAUGAGGAGAGGCAGAUGGAGGACUGUUUGUCUCAACAGUGUCUUCAAUCGUCCAAAACUCACGUCCUUGUUCUGGUCCUGCACGGAGGCAACAUUCUGGACACUGGCUCGGGUGAACAGAACAGCAAGCAGGCAGAUGUAAACACGCUGAGUGGGGCUUUUGAGACCGUGAUGAGGGUCCAUUACCCAGCAGCGCUGGGCCGGAUCGCCAUCCGGAUGGUCCCCUGUCCUGCUGUCUGUGUCGACGCAUUCUCACUAGUCUCCAAUCUCAGCCCCUACAGCUACGACGAGGGCUGCCUGUCCAGCAGUCAGGACCACAUCCCUCUGGCUGCUCUGCCCCUGUUGGCUACCUCGGCGCCACAGUACCAAGACGCCGUAGCAUCCGUCAUCUUAAGAGCCAAUCAGGUGUACAGCGACUUCGUCAAGUCUGUGGAAGGAGCGUCUUUUAAUGGCCAGGUGUGUGUUAUCGGGGACUGUGUCGGAGGUAUCCUGGGGUUCGAUGCUCUGUGCAGCAGCUCGGUGACAGUGUCAGAAAGCCAAAACAGCAGCAGACGGGGCAGCACCAUCAGUGUACAGGACACAGACCUCCUGUCUCCAGGUAUCGUCAUAAACAGCAUCUCUCCUUCCUCGCCGUCCCUUGAAGGAAGCCGCCAUCUCAGCCGCAGCAACAUCGACAUCCCUCGCUGCUCGGGGCCCGACGACCCCAAGAGACAGCUCCCACGCAAGCGCAGCGACUCCUCCACCUACGAGCUGGACACCAUCAAACAUCACCAGGCCUUCCUGUCCAGUCUUCACUUCAGUGUGCUCCACGGGGAGCCCGGGUCACGGCGCUCCAGCAGCAGCACCAUGCUGGAAGGAGGCUCUUUGGGAAAGUUUGACUUUGAGGUGACUGACUUCUUCAUGUUCGGCUCUCCUCUGGGGCUGGUGCUCGCGCUGAGGAAGACUGUUGUUCCCUUGUUAGACGUGUCUGCUCUGCGUCCGGCCUGUCAGCAGGUUUACAACCUGUUUCAUCCAGCCGAUCCCUCGGCCUCCCGCCUUGAGCCCCUCCUGGAAAAGCGGUUCCACCUGUUGCCUCCCUUCAGUGUCCCUCGUUACCAGCGCUUCCCUUUGGGUGAUGGACACUCAGCUCUCUUGGUUGAGACUGUGCAGAGUAACCCUCAGCUUCUGAUGGAUUCUAUUGGUGCAGUUUCCCACCGCUGUCAGGACAGCAACGUCAAUGAGACCUCCAUCCCUGUGCCUGUCCUCAACUGGCAGCUCCACACAGACACGGAUUCUCUUCACUCGCAUAUUUUUGUGGACAGCCAGCCCACAUCACCGGGGGUCCCUCACCUUCGCUGCCACCGCAGGGCCAGCGAGGCCAGCAUAGCCAGCCAGGUGUCGGGCUUAGCUGACGCUUACAACGCCUCCAACAUCGCCACCACACACAAACGUGAAGUCAGCCUGCUGUCCCAGCUGGCUAUUCCCUACAAUAGAUUUGUCUCACGGAGCUCGUCUCUGCGGUUGCAAAAGACUAUCUGUCAGGUGUUCCUGAAACCCAACGGUGUGGAGCAUGAGCAGAGCUCGGACGUUAGCUCUGUCAUGACCUCUGAUCUCACCGAUGUCACGUCUGAGACAGGCAUCAGCUUGUCACCCCCGUCACCGGGGGUGUUGAAGAACAUAGAGCAAGUUGCUUCUCGGUGGUGGGGCAGUAAGAGGAUGGACUACGCUCUGUACUGCCCUGAUGCCCUGACAGCGUUUCCAACUGUGGCUCUGCCUCAUCUCUUCCAUGCCUCCUACUGGGAGUCUACAGACGUCGUCUCCUUCUUACUCAGACAGGUAAUGAGACACGAGAACUCUAGUAUUUUGGAGCUGGAUGGUAAAGAAGUGUCUGAAUUCACUCCGUCCAAACCUCGAGAGAAGUGGCUCCGCAAGAGGACUCAUGUUAAAAUAAGGAACGUGACAGCUAACCACCGAGUGAACGACGCCGUGUUCGCGGAGGACGGAGCCCAAAUGGUGACGGGACGUUUCAUGUACGGCCCUCUGGACAUGGUCACCCUCACUGGAGAAAAGAUUGACAUCCACAUCAUGACCCAGCCUCCCUCUGGAGAGUGGGUUUACUUCAGCACAGAGCUCACCAACAGCAGCGGACGGGUCUCUUACGUGAUCCCUGACAACAAAAAGCUGGGUAUCGGAGUGUAUCCAGUUAAAAUGGUCGUCAGGGGCGACCAUACCGUAGCAGAUAGCUAUCUGUCUGUUGUUCCACGAGGAACAGAGUUUGUUGUGUUCAGUAUUGACGGGUCAUUUGCUGCCAGUGUGUCUAUAAUGGGCAGCGACCCAAAGGUUCGAGCUGGUGCUGUGGAUGUGGUGAGGUACUGGCAGGACUUGGGCUAUUUGAUAGUAUACGUAACGGGUCGUCCUGACAUGCAGAAGCAGCGCGUGGUGGCAUGGCUUUCUCAGCAUAACUUUCCUCACGGCAUCGUCUCAUUCUGCGACGGGCUGGUUCACGACCCGCUCCGACACAAGGCCAACUUCCUCAAAGGCCUCAUCAACGAGGCUCACAUGAGGAUCUUUGCAGCCUACGGCUCCACCAAAGACAUCUCUGUGUACUCAGCUAUUGGCUUGCCUCCGUCACACAUCUAUAUAGUGGGAAGGCCCACGAAGAAAUUGCAGCAACAGUGUCAGUUCAUCUCGGAUGGCUACGCUUCCCACCUGUCCCAGCUGGAGUACAAACAGAGGUCGCGUCCUGCCAAGUCCGGAAGCACCCGCAUGGUCCUCCGCAAAAGCAGCUUUGGGAUGGGUGCAGCCGGAGGAGACUUCCUUCGCAAGCGCAAUCACAUCUUUCGCACCAUCUCUCAACAGCCCGGCGGGGCAGGGUCGGCCGCUACGAACCAGCCGGGGCGGACCGAGCGAACCCUGAGCCAGUGCGAAAUGGAGCGGGAUCGAGGGGUCGGGCCAGCGAACCAGAGGAGCAUGAGUAUAGCUGCAGGGUGCUGGGGCCGCAGCGGGAGCGCCAAGGAGGGCAGCGGAGGGUUACUCGGCCCCAAAUAAGGUUCGAGGUGGAGCUGUGGUGUUAAAGGACCCGGCCUGAACCACCAUGAUCUCUGGAUUGGACACAGAGAGAAGAGAGAAGGGUGGAAGAAGACAAAAUGGAUGUAGGGUUUGUAUUUUAGAAAUUAAAGCGACAGAGACGGAUACAGCCUGAACAACACACUCGAUUAGAGAAGAUCUGUCUAGAAGGAGUGGACUAAUCAGGCCGAGCGGGAUCCAGCAAACAAAAGACAUUUCUGUAGCAUGACUCUUUUACAGUAAUACUUUUAUAGGAUACAUCACUAACUAUUCAAAAAAGAUGAAGAGGAAGGAUUAAAUGAAAUUAUGUAAGCCUUAAACUAAUCUCGUAUAACGGGACCCCACCUCCCCUUUCCAAACACACACGUAAGCGACAUACUGUCCAAGCAUUCACACUCUCAUGAGCUCAGGACAAACUGCAGAGCCAGAUUCAUCUUCAAACAGCCGAGCACAUUAACUGGCAGCCAUGGCAAAGAGCCGAUGGCUUUCGCGUCUGAUUCUGUCCCACUGUCAUCUAGGCAGCAACAUGUUUCAAACACAACAAUUCGAGUGCAGAAUACAGAGUCAGUUCAUCCAAAUUAGAAAGACAAACAUAUUUCCUCACGUACCUCUUGUGCUGCCUUUCCAUGCAGGUAGUUUUGGUUUUGUUUGUCCAAGAUUCGAUAUGUCAGAGAUGACUGCCUCAUUUUCUUGCUGGGAGCACCACAAUCGCAUUCAGGUGGAGGCAGACGUCUUAGACCGUUGGGCACAUAAAACCAAAAUUGCCUGCAUGGCUAGAUACAAUCAGAGGUAAGUGAAAAAAACAUGUAAUUUUUUUGUAGUUUGGGUGAAUUUAUCCUUUAAAAACCUGGGAGCUGGAUUUAAAAAUCAUGAAAUAUAAUCAUCAUGAAUUAUCAGAUGUGAAAGUACUUCUUGUCUUUGUCACAGAACAAUUGUGUUCCUCACUAAUAUGCUACAUGUGUUUAAAUACAUAAUGCUAGUUUUCAUUCCCCUCUGUGUGUGUGUGUGUGUGUGUGGGGGGGGGGGUGUAGUCUGUAGUAUUAUCCCUUUCAGUGUGGCCUCUGGGCCGUCCAAGGCCUUAAUAUCCAACAACACACUUGCUCCACCGAUGGAACAGACCGCAGACAAACAGGGCAUGCAGCAUUAAAGCAACAACUGGAACUCUGUACAGUCCACAGCAACAAUCCCUUUAUAUAUUCAUCUGCUUGCAAUACCUCUGCUCCACCUGUUGGUGGUGUCCUGGUACCCACAUGUGCUGCUGCUGGGACAGAUGUUUUCCCCGGCUAUUUGCUUAUUUGGACGGAUGGGGGAUUGGAUGUUAUGAUUCUACUGAGGAGCCUGUUUCAUUUCAGGCUGGAUGGCAGGAAGGACGGAGACAUUAUUCCCAUAAAGCUUUCACUUACGGAGACCUGUUAAUCUUUCAGUAUUUUUACCAAACGGACUGAAGAAUGGGCCGGUAGUGAUUCAGCAUGAAUGUUGAAAAGACUGGAUUGAUCCUUUCGGUGGUGAAUGUGGAGAACAUCACUGGUUCCCUCAUGAGAGCAAACAUCAUGUCUAAACUGUAUAUUUUCAUACAAAUGGGGUGUGGAUGAAGAGGAAGAAGCCACCUUAAAUCUCCAAUCCAAAAAACUAAAAUAUUGUGCACAAAAUAGUUUCCAGUGCUGAUUCCACUCUCCCUCAUUAAAGGAUAGGUUCACAGUUUUUCAAGUUUUAAAACAAUAGUGAAGGUAUAGUAUUAUUAUUCCAGUUCCUUCUGUUUACACUCACCAUUAAAACAUAUUUCUAAUGUGCUUCCAAUGGAAGUGAUGGGGGAUGAAAUUGUUCUGUGUAAAAACUUAGUUUUACAUGAAGUUAAUAUGAAGGUUAAGCAGAGUGAGUUAGUCAAAUCAAGUGGAAGUCUAUAGACUUGUAUGACAUUAGAUCAAAACAUUUUGGACCAUUUCCAGUCAGGUUUCAGGAUGUAUCACAGUACGGAGUCAGCUCUGCUAACAGAAACAAAAAACUCACCCUCACCCUCAGAUAUUGGUUUUCUAUUGGGUAUUAUUGCGUGACUCGACAGAAACUUGAUCAACACGCCCACUCGCUCGCUGUAGAUUCCCACAGUCUUUUGGGCUCAUUUGGAGAUUACACAAACUUUGUACUUGGAACCUGGCAGGGUCAAGACCGUUUGACGUCCAGUCUAACUGAUUCGGACAUUUGCGUUCAAACACACAGCUCUGCCGGGUAAUGUCUAGAUAAGUUCAGGUUUGCAGUGCACGGGCAAAAGGGGCAUCAGAUAACUUUAGAUUCCUGGAUUUAGUCCUCCAUCACUUCGAGUGGAAGCACAUUAGAAUGGGAUCCUGUAAUGGCCAGUGUGAACAGGAGGAAAAAGUUUCAACGUUCAAAUGGGCAUCCGCCAUGACUGUUGUUUUAAAAAAUGACUUGAGAAAUUAAGAACCUCUUCUUUCAAGCUUUUGGAUGUGUGGAGCGCUUGUACCGUUUCAUUUUACUAUGCUGUUGUUUUAUUUAUGCCCAACUUCCACACCACACCGGAGUGUCUGUUUCCACUCUGUGUGAUCAGCAAUGUCUUCAACCCGACACGAAAGCCAAAAUCAUUCUCUAAAUACUGUAGUUAAUCAACUGUGUAACCUCAUUGUUGUUUUUUGCACUAGUUUACGGUGGAAAUAUACUGUAGUUACCAUCUCGUGUUGCUACAUUCGGACACCUCUGUGGUGCCUGACAUAUUUUGUUAAUUUCAGGGUAUACUGUAUGUGCAGAUAAGCACACGUCUGGACAUUUUGUCAGAAUAUGAAAAUAAUGUAAGUACAUGUGCCAAACAGUAACCGGCCUAGAGGAGAAGUAUUAACACCAGGGGUUUUCAAAGUGUGACACCUCCGUCCUCAUAUUAUUACUCUUUGUCUUACUUCUAUUUGGAGUAUCAGCGUGCUCUAAGUUUUGGAGCUUCAGUUCCUAUAAGGCUUUGGGAGAUGUGACGCACGAGUUAUGCUGUAAACUACAGCUUGAGCUUCAUUUUGUUAAACUAAAAUUUGUUUACAUUUUGGCAACUAAAAGUAUGCCGUAUCAGCUAUUAGCACUUCCUGUCAGUAAUGUACCAACAGGGGUCCAGACAACCAUCACUGGAUUACGUUGAUACUAAUAAUAUAACGUUAAAACCUGAUGAUUUUCAGGCCAGUUCUGAAGUUAUAAGAAGCGUCUUUUUUCUGUAAUUCCUAAGCAUACUUACUUACUUAUGGAUGUUAAUUGCCAGUGGUCCCCUGGAAGGGUAAGUCAGACUGAAUCUAAAGAUGUGCGUAUUAUGUUUUUGUGUUACGAUUUGACUGAGUUAUGACUCCAAGAAUGAGUAUGAAUUAUGGCGCAAUUAAUCUUAACUGUUUUGGUGUGCUUUCACAUCUGUAGUUGGUCUGGACCAGGAGCAAAACAUCAGACACUGUAGCAUUUUCCAGCUGUUUCGGUUCCUUUCCACACCACACUGUUAGCGCUGGUACGAAUCGAUUGAUGAGUUGGUGAAACAAACCAAAAUGCAGCAAAACAAGUCACGUGAGAACAUUCACGUCAUUGGCCAGAUGUGUCUUUGAACGCAUUUCCUAAACUGCUCUUUGAUUGGUCAGACUUACCAUGCGGGAAAAUUGUAACGUAAACUCGUGGAAGUAGACAACAAGAGGAGACAAGCCAGAGGACAACACGCCACUUUUGCAAGUCUUACUCUGGAGAGACAACUCGUUGAUCACAGCCCUGGUCAUCAUAGCACAGCUGACUACGGCAGCUUCUUUAGUCCAAAAAUGAGCAGUUUUUCCAUCACUUGGGUCUGUUUGAGAUUAGAUUACGUUCUUACCACAAACUAACCGCUCCAGGCCCGUUCGGUCCACUUUUGGUGCACAUCCGAGUGUGAUAGCUGCAUUCACACCGGCCCAAACGGACCGCACCAAGGGGGGACAACAAACUCUAGCCCCAUUCAACCAAACUAAAGGAUGUGAAAGCCUCCUUUAAAGUAUCUUCAUAGCCUCCAUGAGUUGUGUGCCACAACCCUCUGCUGCAGCAGUAACAAACAAAACCCCAAUAACUAACUUCUCAUUGUUUUCUGAACACCUGCGUGCACCUGCCCCUUUCAUCUCGCCCAUUGUGACCCCCCCCCAGGAGGCGGCACAGUUUGAAAACCCCUGAUUUAGAUUAUAACCAAUCUUCUAUUAUGGUAAGAAGGGGAGGAGUGUACUGAGAGCAUUUACUUACUGCUUUGACUGGACUUUGAUGCUUUUUGGAAGACUAUACCUUUUUAAUAUAAUGGUGUCCAUGUCUGAGAAAGAAAAGUGGCUUUGACCUAAAUCUGAAGGUGUCUUUUUAAUCUUUAAUUGUGAGCAGAGGCCGAGCACGUUGCUGUAACCGUGGACAAAAGGCUCUUUUUGCAAGAAGUCAUUGACUUUUAAAUUGAGUUUCUGUCGUGCUGUGGGUGGCAGAUUUUUGGCUACAAACAUUGUUCCCCUUUUAGCCGAUUGGCUGAGUUGAAUGUCCGCCCAUUUGGAUUCUGAGACCGUUGUCCAGGAGCCAUGGCUGUGUCAGUGUACAUACUGUAAAGAUGUAUAUGUAGGAGUUAUUUAUUUACAUAAAGAUCAUGAUGUUACUCUGGAAAUUUCAGGUGUAAUGUAUUUGAAAAUACGUAGCAUUUUAUUUGUCACUUUGGCGGUCAUUAAGACAACGGACCAACACAGAAAGGUUUUUAGUUUUUAGCAGUGCAAUAUUAUAUCGUCCCAAUCACAGCCGAGCAAAACCGCUAUCUCAGCAGCUCAACAGCGGCCGCUCACUUUUUGAACGGCUGUGGUUCCUUAAGUGAAUUUCACUAUUCAAUAUCUCCAUUGACGUUCCUUUAAAUGUUUAUAUGACAAGUCUGGAACCAAGCCAACCAGCUACGAGAUGAAUCGUGACCAUAAAAGAUUUAAUUUGGCGCAAAAUAACAUUGUAAAAACAGCAAAAAAAAA